AUGAGCGGAGAGCUCGGCGUCCUGGUGGUGGUGGUCCUGAAGGCGCGGAACCUGCGUGACAAGCAUACGCUCUACAAACAGGAUGUUUACGCCCAGGUUACCAUCGCCGACAAGACACACGCAACGAAGAUCGAUGUCAAGGGCGGGCAGCAUCCUGUAUGGGACGAGGAGCUACGUUUCCAUAUCCACGAGGACCCCUCCGAGCGGCAGAGAACGAUGGAGGUCUCUUGCUGGUCCAAGGAACCUCGGACAGUCGAGUGUUUAGGAAAGGGAACGGUGGACAUCUCAGAGACCCUGCAGAAAGGCGAAUUUGAUGAUUGGGUGAAGCUGGACCUCGAUGGAAUAUAUCGGGGCGAGGUCUACCUCGAGAUGACGUUCUUCACCGCUGGUCCUCCCCACUUGCAGCGUCGCGCCUCCAAACUUCCGCCGUCGGAAAGAUUAGCACGUCCCACGCAGGCGUACCUGUAUCCCACGCAGCAUUCACCGCAGAAGAUGCCGCCCAGGACACCACCGAAGUCGUUGUCCCCCUCCCGAAAUCCGCCCAAUUUAGCUCGUCCUGACUCACAGCACUUCCCCUCGAUACCUACGUCACCCACAAGAACACACUUGGCCCCACCCCCCUCGUCGAGCCACUCUUCACCCGAGAGACGGUAUGAAGAACUUCCACUUCCGCCGUUGCCACAAGAGCUUACUCCCGAUCGCAUCCCUGCUAUUCUCCGACCUGGUAACCCCAAGGUUGCUACUCAAGCCUCUCAUCGUCCAAGGCCUGAGGCGCUCCCCGCUCAAAUCCGCCCAUCGCCGUCUCCCCCUCAUGGCACCGUUCCUUUAAGUGUCGGAUCAUCUCGCCCGCAAGCCGAUAUGUUCACUCCGCUAAUGGUGGCUCCUGGAUAUCCACUUCGCACUCAUAUACCUGCCUCUCAACCUUACAUUACUGAAUCUACGUUGUUUGUACCUCCACCUACCGCAUACUGUCCUCCGGCACAACAUCUUGUGGAACAAGUUGCACAUUCAAGGUUUCCCACAUCCCCGCCUCGUCCUGUGCAUGCAGGAGUACCCAGCCUUGCAUCCCCCCCACCGGCCUCCGGGACAUACGUGCCCCCACCGUCUUUACGCUCGGGCAACGGAAGAUAUCCAGACAUGCAUGCAUCUGCGCCGGCUAUUCAUUCUUCCUCCGAUCCAUCGGAGUCUCCUUUUUCCAUGCCCAUGCCUGGCCCUUUCCCCGACGAGCCAGCCGGAGUACAGGCGCCAACGCACCACGUGCAGCCGAGCGUGGCUCCCCUGCGUCUCCACCCUGGUAAAGCGCCAGCGAGCCAUCACGUCAGGACGCCAAGCCAGGAAGACCGUGAUAAGAUGUUGGCUAUGGAGAUCGAGCGGGAGGAGGAGGAGGAGAGGGAGAAACAGCUUGCUGGGCAGGAGGAGAGCGACUUCGAGCUUGCGCGGAGGCUGGAUAUGGAGUUGAACCUGCCCGAAGACAAACAACGCCCAUCUAUUACUGUUGAAGGCCCAAGGGAGGAAGCGCUUGUCUCCACAGUUUCCAUGCCUGGGAGUUGUCUGAAGUACGAGAAUAUAUUCUGCCUGAAAGUUGAAUCUACACAGCUGUGGGGCCGAGUUGCCGAAUUGCCGAGACGCCAUGAUGCUAGCCGCUCGCGCAACUCUGUUCUAAUUCAUGUCUGGUUCUCAGCUGUGAUCAAUGAAAGCUGCGUUUCUCGUCUUGAUUUCUCCGUAUCGGAUUCACUACUGAAACUCUGCAGCACUGAUAGGGCUGGGGUCGAAGAAAGAUUGCUAGACGUGCCUGAGUUCCUUUUUUGUACAUGCGAUGCCGCGAGUUCCGAACGGAUGGAGAAGCAGGACAUCAAGGCUGAGACGCUUGACUCGACCGUCGAAGAGGUCACCGAGGUCUUGGAGAAGAAUCCCCCGCAGACGCGACACGAGGACCGUGGAGGGUCGCGUAGGCUUGAGCUUGAUACCGGGCUCGAGCACCUGAAAUUCAGGAGGAGAUGGUGGCAGCUAUGGCUUCCGAAAGAUCCUCCACCGCCUCCACCGAAGUCUUUGGCCGAUGCAGCUAUUAGCCCCUUGGUAAAUGCGUCUUUCCUUUCUGUACUGUCUUAUACAUGGAUCAAUUCCAUCAUGUUAUUGGGCUAUCAACGAACGCUGCAAGCCACUGAUCUCUGGAAGCUGGGCGAAGAGAUGGAAGCAGGGUAUCUAGGCGAGAAAUUGGAUGUUGCGUGGGCGCGCCGUCUUCAGGCAGCUAACGAAUGGAACACGAAACUUGCCCAUGGCGAUCUAAGACCUGGAUUAAUGAAUCUCCUACGAUGGAAUAUCCAAGCAUUCCUCAGCGGUCAUUAUACGAAGAGGCGUGAGGAACUCGAGCAGCACUGGCGAUAUGUGGAUGGCAAGAAACAGGCAAGUAUUGCGUGGGCGCUUAAUGAUGUCUUCGGUGCCAGCUUUUGGUUGGGCGGGGCGUUCAAGGUUUUUGGCGACACUUCGCAAAUGAUGGGUCCAAUUCUAGUACGGGAAAUUAUCAAAUUCAGUGAAGAACGGACAGCCGCCAAGGCCGAGGGAUUGCCGUCCCCGAAUAUCGGUCGAGGAGUUGGUAUGGCAAUUGGCCUAUUUUGCACGACAGUUGCGUCUAGCGUUGGCCAACACCAGUUUUUCUGGCGAUCGAUGACAACAGGCAUGUUGGCCAGAGCGGCCCUCAUCUCCUCGAUUUACAAACGAGGUGUCUCCCUCACUGGCAAAGCUCGCAUGAGUCUGCCCAACGCGAAGCUGGUGACCCAUAUCUCUACUGAUGUCAGCAGAGUUGACGCCUGUGCUCAAUGGUUUCACGCAGCAUGGACUGCACCGAUCCAAGUGAUGGUCUGCCUGAUCAUUCUCCUGGUUGAGUUAGGGCCGUCCGCCCUCGCAGGCUUCUCACUUUUCCUCUUGCUUGUGCCUAUACAAGAGCGAGUCAUGUCGUAUCAGUUCAACGUGGGCAAGCGGACUCUGUUGUGGACGGACAAGCGAGCGAAGGUCAUCCUCGAAGUACUUGGCGCCAUGCGGGUGGUGAAGUAUUUCUCUUACGAGCUGCCGUUCUUAAAACGCAUUUACGAUAUGCGUAAGAUCGAACUGCAUGGUAUCAGGAAGAUCCAGUUUGCGCGAUCCGCCAACAUCGCGUCGGCAUAUUCAGUCCCGGUACUGGCUGCGACCUUGUCCUUCGUGACAUAUACGUCGACUAAGAGUGGAUUUAAUGUCGCCGUCAUCUUCUCUUCGCUGUCUCUGUUCCAGCUACUUCGCCAACCUCUGAUGUUCCUUCCCCGCGCUCUUUCAGCAACAACGGACGCACAGAAUGCGCUUUCCCGACUUAAUGGUGUAUUCCAUGCGGAACUCGCUACAGGUGACGCGUUCAUCGUUGACCCUGAGCAGGAGCUCGCAUUGGUAGUCAAAGACGCUACGUUCGAAUGGGAAGAAACCUUCUUCGACGAGGAGGGGGAGACAACCAAGUCUGCAGAUUCGUCAGCCGCUGUAACUGCCACUCCUUUCCAAGUGAAGAACAUCAACAUAUCUGUGAAGCGUGGAAGUCUUGUGGCCGUCGUCGGCUCCGUUGGAAGUGGGAAGUCGAGCUUACUUCAGGGCUUCAUCGGCGAAAUGCGCCAAGUCAAGGGACACGUGUCUUUCGGAGGACGUGUCGCUUAUUGCUCUCAGACGGCAUGGAUUCAGAAUGCUACCUUGAAAGAGAACGUGCUUUUCGGUCAGCCCUUCAAUGAAGAGAAGUACUGGAAAGCUAUCGAAUGUGCUUCUCUCCUUCCUGAUUUGCAAGUCCUGCCAGAUGGAGAUCUUACCGAGAUUGGAGAGAAAGGUAUCAACUUGAGCGGCGGACAGAAGCAACGUGUCAAUAUCGCGAGGGCUCUGUACUAUGAUGCCGACAUAGUGAUCUUCGACGAUCCACUAUCUGCCGUCGAUGCACACGUCGGCAAGGCCUUGUUCGCUGACGCUAUUCUCGGCGCACUUCGCGACCGUGGCAAGACUGUCAUACUUGUUACCCACGCACUCCAUUUCUUGUCUCAGUGUGAUUACAUCUACACGUUAGAGAACGGGCGGAUCGAAGAACAUGGGACAUAUGACGAACUCAUCAACAACCAGAUGGAAUUCUCUCGUUUGAACAAGGAGUUUGGAGGCCAGGCACAACAUGAGAAAGAGGUAGACGCGGAAGAGGCUGCGAUGGAUGGUCUACAGGGCAAGCCUCCAAUGGUCAUCGACGAGGUUGAGAUCAAGGCUCGAUCUGCCAAGCGCACCGCCGCAGGCUCAGGGAAACUGGAAGGUCGUCUCAUUGUUCCCGAGAAGCGGACAACUGGAUCCGUGUCCUGGAGAGUAUACAAGGAGUAUCUGAAAGCUGCGGGUUAUUGGAUGACACCAAUCCUGCUGAGUUGUAUGGUACUCAUGCAAGGCAGUCAAAUUAUGAAUACUUACACGUUGAUUUGGUGGGAGGGAGACACCUGGAAUCGAUCAAACUCCUUCUAUCAGACCCUUUAUGCAUGUCUCGGGGUAUCCCAGGCUCUGUUUACAUUCGCAGUCGGUGUAACGAUGGAUAUUAUGGGAUUUUAUGUUUCCCAGAAUCUCCACCGUGACUCGAUUCGAAACAUCUUUUUCGCGCCGAUGUCAUUCUUUGACACGACGCCGACAGGCCGUAUCCUGAGCAUCUUUGGCAAGGACAUAGAGAAUAUUGACAAUCAGUUGCCUGUUUCAAUGAGACUGCUUGUUUUGACUAUCGCUAACGUGAUCGGUAGCGUGUUGAUCAUAGCGGUAUUAGAGUACUACUUCGUUAUUGCCGCUGGGGCAAUUGCCUGUAUGUACAGCUACUUCGCGAACUUUUAUCAAGCUAGCGCUACGGAAAUCAAGAGGAUAGAUGCAAUGCUGCGAUCUAUCCUCUACGCUCAUUUUGCGGAGUCUCUGUCCGGUUUGCCAACCAUCCGUAGCUAUGGUGAAAUUCGCCGUUUUCUCUGCGACAAUGAGUACUACAUCGACCUCGAAGAUCGAGCCGCUAUUUUGACUAUCACAAAUCAGAGAUGGCUAUCGAUCCGGAUAGACAUGUUAGGUGGUUUGAUGAUUUGCAUUGUCGCGUUGCUCGCUGUGGGUGAUGUCUCAGGCCGAAAUUCAGCAGCUAUCGGUCUCGUCCUCACAUACUCCACUGCUCUUGUCCAACUAUGCGGAAUGCUUACCCGACAGUCCGCUGAAGUCGAGACGUACAUGAGCUCGGUCGAACGCGUUGUCCAGUACAGUCGGGGUGACCUAAUCGAGCAAGAGUUGCCGCAUGAAAUUCCAGAUCGCAGACCUCCCGCAGUUUGGCCAGCGCGGGGCGCUAUCCAGUUUAACGAAGUUGUCAUGAGAUAUAGACCUGGGCUACCGUUCGUGCUGAAGGGUUUGUCGUUGGAUAUUAGAGGUGGGGAGAAAAUCGGGGUAGUUGGAAGGACGGGUGCUGGGAAAUCAACACUGAUGAUGGCUCUGUAUCGCAUCGUGGAACUCACGUCGGGUUCAAUCACGGUCGAUGGGGUUGACAUCUCCACAAUCGGGUUGAGAGAUCUUCGGUCCAAGAUCGCGAUCAUCCCUCAAGACCCGUUGCUGUUCAGCGGCACGAUACGAUCUAAUCUAGAUCCGUUCAAUGUCUAUAGUGACGCUCAAUUGUGGGAUGCGCUCCAUCGAUCCUUUCUGGUGGAACCUCCGAUGAAGGGAGAAUUCACAUCCGACGGGGCUCAUACCCCUACCUCUCGGUUCAAUCUUGACACCGUCAUCGAGGCGGAGGGAGCUAACCUGAGCGUAGGGGAGCGCAGCUUGUUGAGUUUGGCUCGUGCUCUGGUGAAAGACAGCCAGGUGGUCGUGCUCGAUGAAGCAACCGCAUCCGUUGACCUCGGGACAGACUCAAAGAUUCAACACACAAUUCAAACGCAGUUCAGUCAUAAGACAUUGUUGUGCAUAGCACACCGUCUGCGGACCAUCAUAUCUUACGACAGAAUUCUGGUGCUGGACGCUGGUACAAUCGCCGAAUUUGACACACCACUCAAUCUCUACAACAGACCAGAUGGUAUUUUCCGGGGUAUGUGUGAGAGGAGUGAUAUAUCUGCAUUAGAAAUAGAAAAGGCAUCUCUGAAGGCACAAGGACCAUAG